AUGGGCGGCCUCGCCGUCGAGACAGAGGCAGUUCGCGAGGAUGUCGACACGUGGCUCGAGAAGGCUGCGGCACUUGUCGCCGUGAACCCGCGCAGCGCGGCACAAAUGGCGUUGCGUGCGCAGACGCUGGCUGAGCUCGCUGGAGAGCGAGGAGCUCAAGCCCGGGCUCUGCUCGUGUCGGCACAGGUUUCACUUCAUCAGGGCAAAAGCAACGCGGCCCUGACGUCUGCGACAAGAGCUCAAAGAUUGUUCAAGCAGGAGGCAGACGCUGCCGGGGAGGCUCGAGCUGCAUUUGAAGCUCUUCGUGCCGAGGCCUUGCAGCUUGAGAGUGGCGUCAGAGAGCCCACGCAGACGGCUUGGGAGACGACUUUGCGGAUGGCUGAGGAAGCCGCGCAACGAGCGAAGUCGUCGUCUCUCCAUGACCUUUCUGCUGCGGCGCUGUCGCUGCGGGCGAAAGCAUUGCAUGUGCUGGGACGAAUUGAGGAAUCGGCCAAGACUGUGGGAGAGGCUUCCCAGGCACUGCAGCUUGCAGGCGCGGGAGCGGAUCCCAAGCUGGCUCGGAUCGCACAGACCGCGCCAUCACGGGCUGCGGUUGAAGUAAAGCUCGGCAGAGAGCAGCUGGAGAAGGAUCCGUCGCUGGUGCUCCUUCCGGUGGAUACCAGGGAGACGGAGUUGCAAGAGGUCUUUGCUAAGCGAGAGGCUGCCCACAAGGAGCAGGCUGAGCCAACAGUGUUGGUGCGCCAGCCCACUGGCCUCCUGGUUGAGGCGAAAACAAGCCUGCCUUUCCAGGUGGCCAUGCGGCGAGACAACGUCGGCAGCACGGCACAAGUGCUGACUAGAUAUUACCAGCACUUGCGCAACAGCAAGCGGACCUCCAAUGACAAAAAAACUUGA